CAGGCGAUUCAAUACACUACGGUGCUAUCGGUGGUUACUUUUUGUAUAAUGCAUAUCGAAACAUUACUUAUAUUUUGAAUAGGUGGAAUUUUCAUUCCGUUAAAAGGUCGAGACAUGUCUACAUGGGAUUAACAUAACCGGAUUAGUUCCAAGUUUGUAUUUUGGUUUAAUGUACGUGGCGGAAGCGUAACAAAUUGGUUGAAUACACACAUAUCAGCUGUCUUAUACAUGUUGUUGAUUGACAGUGAAUGUUUCAGAUGCUGUACACUUGUGUUUUCUAGCCGCGCGUGGGGUUAUUUAUAGAAAAGCUGUUGAAUGUCACUUAACUGAAAUAAACAUCGUUUAUCGUUUAAUUUCACUCUUGAUUUUUCACAGGAAUAUUUUGUAUUAUUUUUCAACGCACGUAAAAUGAACGACCAGGAAAAAGAGGCGAGGGCUUUCAUUAAAAAUGGUAGUGGAAGUAAUAAUGGAAAAAUGAACAAUUUACAGGCUGAAUCACAAAUGGGAGUAAAACGACAAAUUGCUCAGUUAAAAACGUACAUCUUGGGCUUGGCUUUACUUCUCGCCUUAACUUUUAUAAUACUCGUCAUUACAUUCUCAGUGCUAUUCGCAAAUCUCAAAUGGGACAUUGAAAAUCAUAAUCAUCCGCCAAAAGUCGGUGCUCAGAUGAACAAAGUUCUUGAAAAAGAGGAAUUGUGUUUAUUAUGCAACGAAGUGCGAUUAGGUCCUAGUGUGGAAGAAGACCAAAUGUUGGAUUAUUUUGUGCGAAAACGUGGAGUUAAUGGCAGAAAAGACGAGGAAUGCUGCGUAGAAACACCGGCACAGCUACUUAAAUUGCUUCAAAUGUUUGUCGAGAAGAAAUAUAGAGAAGAAAUGGCUCAUGGUAACAUCAAGAUAGAUUCCAGCACAGACACCGGACCUGGUGAAAUGAAACCUGCGGCGCAUUUGAUGGGAUCUGUCCGGAAACCAGAACAGCCAACUGUACCUGGACGACAAUUCCCGAUCUCACAUUGGAUUAGUCAAGAAGAUCUCGCCUUCACCAGCAAGGUUCAGUACCGACACGGUAGAGUGGUUAUUUUAGAAGAAGGUCUGUACUAUGUGUACAGCCAGCUAUCAUUCCUGGAGGUAUUUGAUAACCCUAACAGCAUAGAGCAUAGCUCGCAGUCGUUGUCUCAUUAUAUAUACAGAUACAACAUCAUAUACCCGCAUGGUGGCGAGGAAUCUAUGAUACAAAACAGUAUAACCAAGUGCUGGGGCCAAAACAAAGCCUUUGGGGAGUAUACUAGCUAUCUCGGAGCUGUAUUCCAUCUUCGACAAGGCGAUGAAUUAUUUGUGAAAGUCUCAAAUUUGACUUUGAUAGUACGCGAGCCAAAACUAAACUAUUUUGGUCUGUUCAAAGUCAACUAACAAAGUGCUUUCUAAACUGUCACUAUAAUUAUUCCAGGGGUUUUCAAGCAUUUUUAGAUCAAAGCUGAUUUUUUCCAAACAAAAUUAUAUAAUAUAAAGUUUUUUUUGCCCAUUAAACUGAUUAUUUUAAAAAGGUUGUAAAGUUCUUAAAAAGGUAAUAUGUUUUAGAUAAUGUUCAUGUAUAUAAAUUUAUAUUAAUCAGAGUUUAGGCCUUUGAAGCAUUUCAUCAUUUUUUAUUCAAUCACAUGAUGUCAUAAGAUCUCCAGGUAAAUUAAAGGUUGAACCCAAACUUAAAUCAUGAUUUCCCCAUACACUUCAUGUAGAUUUAAAUCUGCUGGGACGCAGAUCGUCUUAUGUCGCCGAUCUGCAUGUUUUACAGAUACUGGUUCCCCAUCAUUAUCAUUGUCCUGCCUUUGUUUGUUCAGUGAAAAUGGGAACCAAAUAAAGCCGGUGUGAAUGGUAUCACUAAAGUAACUAGUAGAUACAUAAAUGUGAACAUGUCAGUCAUUUAAAGGGCUUGUAAAGUCUCAUUCUUCCAUAUAUACGAGUACAUGGUUAUGUCUAAUAGUUUGUUUAUACAUAUUUAUGUCUAGGCUAUAUCAGAACAUUGGUUUUAUAAACAUAAGUUAUGUCUAGGUUGGGUGAUUAUCUAGGAAUUGGUUUAUUUACUCAUUCAUUAGACAUGUCUAGGUAACAUCUAGAAAACUGUUAAUACACAUUUUUACAUGUACACUGAGAUUUCAUGACUUAGUUCUAUUGAUAAACAUUUAUUUUACAUGUCUAGGUUAUAUCUAGAGAUUGGUUUUAUAAACAAUAUUGAUGGUUAAAUAAAUCAUUUAUAUUUUUGAAAUAAAAAGUCGAAAAAUCAUGUUAAGGAAAUAUUAUUUUAUUAACAUUUACCAGUAAUGUUGAGGCUAUAUCUAAAAGUUGAAGUAAUGUCUGGGUUAUGUCUAGGCUUACACAUCUAUUUUACCUGUCUAGGUUAUAUCUAGAGAUUGGUUUAAAAAACAAUAUUGAUUGUUAAAUUAAUCAUUUAUUUUUUUGAAAUAAAAAGUCGAAAAAUGAUGUUAAGGAAACAUUAUUUUAUUUACAUUUACCAGUAAUGUUGAGGCUAUAUCUAAAAGUUGAAGUCAUGUCUGGGUUAUGUCUAGGCUUAAGUUUGUUAACAUUUAUAAGUCAGGUUGAAUCAGAAAAAUGGUUUAUAAAAACUAAGUUAUAGCUGGUAAAUGAUUGGUAAAUAUUACGUAAAUGUCAAGUCUUUGUUACAGUUUUUACAAAAUUUGUUGUAGGUGAUAUCUAGGUUUAUGUCUUGUAACUAAAUGUGUAUAAUUCAUGUCUAGGUUAUGUCUAGAAAUUGGUUUAAUUUUGAAUUGGUACUAUUGUUUCAUGUGUUCAUUAAUGUACACAAUUUUUCUUCCAAUUAGAAAACGAACAAAAGUGUAACAUACAAACAACAUAUCUGUGUAUGAACAUGUCAUAUUCAUUUUCCUUUAACUGCUUUUAUAUUUUUUGUAGCCCACAUAUUUUGUAAAUGAACAUUCCUACGUUUUCGUUUUGUAUGCUCGUCCAUUAUAAUAUAAAUUGUGUGCUUGUAUUUAUAUUAUAUAAUUUAAACAUACAUACAUAGGUAAAAAUUCAAAUCCAGAUUAUCUAGGUAAAAGUAAAAUUUUUUUGUAGACUAAAAUUUCAUUCAAUUAGACCGAAAUUUCGAUUUUGAAAAACUUUCCUAAAUUCAAUAUUUUCGGUAUAAAUUUAGCAUAUUUUUUUUUCGAAUAUCAGUAAAUAUGACUUUGUACCAGUUCCACAGUAUUUUAACUGUUUGACUAUCAUUUCAACAAUAUACAUGUAUAUAUAACAAUGUAGACUCAUAAGUAUAAUUAUAUUUUCAUUUUAUUAAUAUUGGUAAACUCUUUGUGGACUUUGGGGAAAUAUGUUUCGUUCUUGAAAUUGUUUAUUCUAUGUUGUACUCUGUACAUAUAUGUAUCUAGAUUAUUAUUAUAUUUUACCUGUUGUUUAAUAUUUGUUAAGAUGUGCUAAUUAUUUCUGUUCAUAAUUGUUUAUUGAAUGCCAAAUUUUACUUAGUAAAUGUGCUCGUUUAAGAAAUCUCAUAUUUAACAUGUAACUCUGUAAUUCUACAAUUAUGCUGUUUUUGUAUAGAACCCAUCUUUCAUAUUGUAACAUCUGGUAUGCUAUGUAUGUGUGUGUAGAAAAAAAGAAGAACACAAACAUGUAAGAUAUGCCGUGUUAAAUCUUCCAGCAUAUUUCUUUUCAUACUGUCUAUCAAGUGUCUAUCAUUUGUUUUGUUUUAAUUCAGAACUUAAUUUAAAACUUUCACUAAAAUCGAUUUACCGCAGCUGUUCUUUGUUUAAGUCAAAUGUUUAUUUUUAAUCAAAGUUUUUUAUAAUUACAGAACUGACAUUUUAAUGAGAACUGUAUCGACAUGGGCGCAAUAGUUGAGUCGUGGUUUUGUUUAAUAACCCACCCAGAUGUCGAUUUCAUUGUCACAGAUUACAUGGUUUUCUUUUACAUUGAUUAGAUAAUGUAACAUAACUUUUCUUUAUAAGAAAAUGACAAAUUGUUUUUUU